AUGCAGCAAUUGUGGGCGCUGCAAUGCGAUUGGGAUCAACGAGUUCCAGUAGAGGUCCUCAACGCAUGGCGACUCUACCACUCUCUGCUCCCGGACCUCGAGAGAAUCUCCAUUCCACGAUGGAUUCAACAUGGCCACCAUUCACUCCAAUAUGAGCUCCAUGGAUUCUCGGAUGCUUCAACAAAGGCCUACGCGGCCGUUGUAUACUUUCGCGUCGUAUCCGAGGAUGGGACCGUAAAUGUGAUGCUGCUCACUGCCAAAUCUAAGGUUGCCCCAUUUAAGACAGUGAGCGUACCGCGCCUUGAACUCUCCGCGGCUUUAUUACUAACCCGGCUUAUUCACUUUAUUCUUACGUCACUAGUCUUCAAGGAUAUACCACUCUAUUACUGGACGGACUCCACAAUAACGCUGGCAUGGAUCCGCCGGCCGUCAGCUCAAUGGAAGACAUUCGUGGCCAAUAGAGUCGCGGAGAUACAAACCUUACUCCCGACUGCGUUUUGGCGUCACGUCCCGACUAACAAAAAUCCUGCGGACUGCGCUUCGCAAGGGAUAUCGCCGGCUGAACUUGCUUCGGCAACCUUGUGA